UGUUCACCUACGAAGGCAACAGCAAUGACCUGCGAGUGGCCGGCUCCGGAGAUGGUGGCCUGGAAGAGAUGGUGGAGGAGCUCAACAGUGGGAAGGUGAUGUAUGCCUUCUGUAGGGUGAAAGAUCCCAACUCCGGCCUCCCCAAAUAUGUCCUCAUCAACUGGACUGGGGAAGGCGUGAACGACGUGAGGAAAGGAGCCUGCGCCAACCACGUCAGCACUGUGGCCAACUUCCUAAAGGGGGCUCAUGUCACCAUCAACGCUCGUGCAGAGGAGGACGUGGAGCCUGAACUCAUCAUGGAGAAGGUUGCCAAGGCCUCUGGGGCCAACUACAACUUCCACAAAGAGAGCAGCAAGUUCCAGGACUCAGGCCCUCAAGCUCCCGUGGGCUCUGUCUACCAGAAGACGAAUGCAAUGUCCGAAAUCAAGCGAGUCAAUAAAGAUAAUUUCUGGGCUAAAGCUGAGAAAGAUGAAGAAAACCGUCGGCUGGAGGAGAAGAGGAGGGCGGAGGAGGAGCGGCAGCGGCUGGAGAGGGAGCGUCGGGAGCGGGAACUGCAGGAGGCGGCGGGGCGAGAACAGAGAUACAAAGCGAGAUCCAACGAAAUCGAAGCCCAGAGGAGACUCCAGCAGCAGCAGGAGGCCAAGAACAGGGACAAGGAGCAGCAGCAGUGGAAGGAACAAGCUGAGGAGUACGAGGCCAGGCAGCAGAAGGGCUUCAGGAGAAGCGAGUCAGUGGAGAAAGCCCAGGAGGCAGCCUCGCUGGUCGCACAGAGGGCGGUGAACCCCCGAGACAUCUUCAAGCAGAGGGAGAAGUCGGUGCCAGCGGAUGCGGUGACGGCUUCCCAGCCAGGACAAGACUCUGGGUACAAUUCAAGUGUCCCAGCUUCCCACGCGGAUGAGGCAAAUCUGUACGAGGAGCCGCCGGACGCCUCAGCCAUCUAUGAAGAACCCCCUCAGGACCAAGUCGACGAUGCCAAAUACGGGUACCCGGUGGAGUACCAGCAGGCGCCGGACCUGGCGGGGAAGGGGCUGUGUGCACGGGCACUCUACGACUACCAGGCUGCUGAUGACACCGAGAUCUCAUUCGACCCAGAGAACAUCAUCACCAACAUCGAGAUGAUCGAUGAGGGCUGGUGGCGUGGCUAUGGUCCCGAUGGCCAUUUUGGCAUGUUCCCUGCUAAUUAUGUGGAACUGAUAGAGUGAGGGGGCUGGCAGGGACCAGAGCCGCCCUGUCCCCUGGGACCACUUGGCUCCUGCCUGAUUCUUCUUCCAAAUGAUACGUGGCUUUUAUUUCUUUUAUUUCUUCUAUUUUUCUUUUUUUGUUUGGUUGGGUUUUUUUUUGUUGUUUUUUUUUGUUUGUUUCCAAGAGAAGUGCCAUUGCCCCGCUCCCUCGGUGGCAGGGCUGACCCCGGCGCUGCUCUCCUCCAUCCUCACCCAUCCCCCAGAGCUGGCCCUUGGUCAGGAUGAGGGGUCAUCCCAUGUCCCCCCCCUCCUCCUCCCUCUGCUUUGGGGUGUGAAUUCUUUUUCAGGGCUGAAGGAGGGGAUGACAAAUCCCUUACGGGGCAUUUUCAGGGAACAAGUUGCCUCUUCCCCCCACUGCCUCCACGCUCCCUCCCACCCCGUGGCCGUGAUGGAGGAACCGCUUUCCCCAUUUUGGCUCGCUGACGAAGCUCACUGGGGUGAUUUGAGCCUCUCGUGGGGUCUGACAUGAUCAGGAGAGCGGAAACCUGGCUUUGCCACCCCCAGAGCUCCCCGCCAGGGCUGCCACCACCCGCGUGUUCCUCCCUGCUGUCCCCAACAGAGGGGUUUUCUCUGCCCUCCCCUCUCCCCAGGCUGAACUUGGGACACUGAAGUCAUGCAAGAGCCAGCUCCUUGGGAGGAGAUCUGGUGAGGCCAAAGUGGGUGGUUUAUUUUUUAGCAAAAGCUGUGAGCGUGGGGUCCCUCCCCUCCCCACCGCCCCAUCCCCCUAAAUUCACUGUGAACAAGGAAGAGCCCAGCCCAGCUCCCACCUUUAUCCCCUUGUUGAGUUUCUCCCCUCAGCGUUGCUUUAGGAUUAGGAGGUGCCAGGGUUUGGAGGUGCUGGGGGUCCCAUGCCCCGGGCUCCCGUGGGCUCCUUCCCCACCCCACACUCCCCCACUGCCGUCCCUGUCCCUCCCAGUGACAAUAAAAGGGCUUUUCUUUGGUGA